AGACCACCACUUGCCCUCACCCGCUCAGGACAGAAGAGGGUAACCAUGCUUAGCUUAUAAAAACUCCUGCUUGCAUCUUAAUACACAAUGUCCCUGCUGUUCAUUCGCUCUAAGUCCAUCAUCACUAGCAAAAAGGACAAGAGACAUAUGGCGGACGUCAGUGCCUCCCCCCUUAAGCAUUUUGUCACCGCCAAGAAAAAAAUAAAUGGCAUCUUUGAACAGCUGGCAGCUUACAUCCAGGAGAGCUCCGUGUUUCUGGAGGAAACGCACAAGAAUGGGGAGCUUGACCCGGUCACCACGGAAGAGCAGGUGUCAGAAGUCAAGGGCUACCUGUCCAAGGUCAGCGGGAUCAGCGAGGUGCUGGCAAGGCGACACAUGAAGGUGGCUUUCUUUGGGCGGACGAGUAACGGGAAAAGUACUGUGAUUAACGCCAUGCUGUGGGAUAAAGUCCUUCCUUCUGGGAUCGGCCACACCACAAACUGCUUCCUGAGAGUGGAGGGGACGGACGGCCAGGAUGCCUUCCUGCUCACCGAAGGGUCUGAGGAGAAGAAAAGCGUCAAGACGGUCAACCAGCUGGCUCACGCCCUCCACCAGGACGAAUUGCUAACCGCCGGGGGUUUGGUCAGCGUCAUGUGGCCGAAUUCCAAGUGCCCUUUGCUCAAGGAUGAUCUCGUUUUGAUGGACAG